AUGGCAUUCCCAAUCAGCUACCCCGUCGUCGACGGGUCUGGCCGCCUGACCGAGAUCUGCACCUUCCUCAGCGAGAUUGCAACGUCCGUAGCCAAGUUCCCAAUCUCUCGCCAGGGCAUCGUGGGGGUUCAAACGGCCGACCACCAGGUUGUGGCCAUGCUCGCCGACUGGACCUCGGCCGCCGAGAAGGAUCAGUUUGAGCCGGGUGAGCAGUACCAGUCCGUGAAGCCGGGCUUUGGUAAGAUCAUUGACGGCGCCAACCCGAGCUUUGCCUGCCACCACAUCGUCCUGCCCACUGGCUCCGACAAGACGCCCCAGGCGGCUUCCUACAUUGUCUCGCACGCAACCGUGCCCCAGGCCGACCAGGCCGCUGCAGCCGCGGCCUACGCCGAGUUUAUCAAGCCGCCGGCUCACUUUGACUUUCUUGCUGAUGCAGCGACAGCGGCGGCGUUCCGGCAGUCGGAUGUGUACAAAUCGCUGCAAGCCACGGUAGCCAAGGUGGCGACGGCCACAAGCAGCUACGACGUCGAGUAUCAGUCGCCGCGCGUUCUCACCGAUCCACACGGGGCAGACGACGUAAACGACGCCAAAUCCGACGGCAUUGACAAGACGGUCGCCCAGGAAGAGUGUCCACUCGUGCGAGGCAAUCUGCAUGCCGAUGCCGACGGACGUGAAGACAAUGCCCAAGGAGAUGGUGUGCUUGCGGCCGAUACGGUCCAUGAUCAACCCAGCAUCAUCGACCCGAUGGAAAUGUAG